GGGUUUCAGGGCCUCCCGGCCUGAGGGAGAGGAGCAGGGAAGAUGGCGGCUGUUGUGGAGAAUGUAGUGAAGCUUGUCAGGAUCAAUUCCCAUCAGCAGAAACAAAGGAGCUGCUGCACUCAGCCUUGUUUAUCCAAUUUUCCUUUGCGUGGUGAGGACGUGGCUGCCUCCUGAAAGCUAGCACAUCCUUGGGGAGCAGUAUUACAAAGAUGCCAUGGAACAGUGCCACAAUUACAAUGCCCGCCUCUGCGCUGAGCGCAGUGUGCGCCUGCCUUUCUUGGACUCUCAGACUGGAGUGGCUCAGAGCAACUGUUACAUCUGGAUGGAAAAGCGACACCGGGGUCCAGGCUUGGCCUCUGGCCAGCUAUACUCCUACCCUGCCCGGCGCUGGCGGAAAAAGCGACGUGCCCACCCACCUGAAGAUCCUCGGCUUUCCUUCCCAUCUAUUAAACCAGACACAGACCAGACCCUGAAGAAAGAGGGACUCAUCUCUCAGGAUGGCAGCAGUUUAGAAGCUCUGUUGCGCACUGACCCCCUGGAAAAGCGAGGUGCCCCGGAUCCCCGGGUUGAUGAUGACAGCCUAGGCGAGUUUCCUGUAACCAACAGUCGAGCACGGAAGCGGAUCUUAGAACCAGAUGACUUCUUGGAUGACCUUGAUGAUGAGGACUAUGAAGAAGACACUCCCAAGCGUCGAGGCAAAGGGAAGUCCAAGGGUAAGGGUGUGGGCAGUGCCAGGAAGAAGCUGGAUGCUUCCAUCCUGGAGGACCGGGAUAAGCCCUAUGCCUGUGACAAUAGUUUCAAACAAAAGCAUACCUCGAAAGCGCCCCAGAGAGUUUGUGGGAAACGUUACAAGAACCGACCUGGCCUCAGCUACCAUUAUGCCCACUCCCACCUGGCUGAGGAGGAGGGUGAGGACAAGGAAGACUCCCAGCCCCCCACCCCUGUUUCUCAGAGGUCGGAGGAACAAAAGUCCAAGAAAGGUCCUGAUGGAUUGGCUCUGCCCAACAACUACUGUGACUUCUGCCUGGGGGACUCAAAGAUCAACAAGAAGACAGGACAACCCGAGGAGCUGGUGUCCUGUUCUGACUGUGGCCGCUCAGGGCACCCAUCCUGCCUCCAGUUCACCCCUGUGAUGAUGGCAGCUGUGAAGACCUACCGCUGGCAGUGCAUCGAGUGCAAAUGCUGCAACCUCUGCGGUACCUCCGAGAACGAUGACCAGCUGCUCUUCUGUGAUGACUGUGAUCGUGGCUACCACAUGUACUGUCUUACCCCAUCCAUGUCUGAGCCCCCUGAAGGAAGUUGGAGCUGCCACCUAUGUCUGGACCUGUUGAAGGAGAAAGCCUCCAUCUACCAGAACCAGAACUCCUCCUGAUGUGCCGCUCCUAGCUCCCCACACACCUAAGGGUGUCUCUCUCCUUCACUUUGUUUUUUCAUAUCCACUCUUACCUUCUUCCUUUCUUUCACAAGUCCAGAACUUUGGGGUGGUCAUGCCAACCUGCCAUUGGCAACAGCAAGCAGAGGUAGCAGCUCUGACCGCCUCUGGCCCCAGGUCCUCAGGGAGAAAGGAGUGGCUCCCUGCCCCAAGGUAUUCCUGUGGGCCCAGCUUCUCUCUGCUGUCUGUGAAGUGCAUUCACUCUGCUUGCCUUGGGCCCAGGCCCUGGUGAUCACAGGGUUCAAACCAUGUCCUCUGAGAAAGAGUGGGAGAGCAGCUCACUCAUCUCGGCCUGGCCUCCAGUCUGGUCUCCAGGGUUCUCCUUCCCCCAGAGCUGAGCCAGGCUGGGCCUCCACCAGGAGCAGCUGGGAGUGAGCAGGCUGGGGCCAUGCUCUCCAGCAGCUUUCCAUGCCCUUUGUGCUGCUUCACCUUGCCACCUCCCUCCAGGGUGGCCCUCUGUGCCCUCUGUCCUGCCACUCUGAGUCCUUUGAGCCAGGACUCUCUCCUGGCUCUUCCCUGUCACACCCCUCCCAGGGGAGUAGCACCUGCACCUGUCCUGUGCUUGCCUGGCACCCUCAUGGGCAGUCUCUAGUACCCCAAGCACUCACUCCUUCAGGAUUCCUGUCUUCUGCCUCCCUCCCGUUCCCUUUGUUUUGUGAGGAGAGGGGAUGCCUUGGGGCUAGGCCAGCAGCUUGGGGGCCAUGGGGAGCCGUUGGAUAAUGUGCCUGUUUUUUAACUCGACAAAAAAGCCUACCUCCAAAAUCCCCUUUUUGUUCUUCCUGGACCUGGGCAUUCAGCCUCCUGCCCUUAACUGAAUUGGGAACGUCUGCCUCCUGCUUGUGUCUCCUGGCCCCCUUGUCACAGGGGAGCCACAUAAACAUUCACUUCUCUGCACACACUCUAGCAGCUGGUAAGAUCUUCAUGUCCUGAUUCAUUGGAUUUCUGCUCAGCACCACCAACAUUAAGUAGGAAGGGGAGAGUCUGUGCCAGGACACCACCAAGUGGCCUUCCCCCUUGGCUGUGGGCAGGCGCUAACUCACUGUCAUUUUGGAGUUGAGGUCUUUUUCCCCUCUUUAGUUCCUGUACUCUAUAAACAUUAGUAAAAAAUAAACAUUUUUACAGAGCC